ACCUCUCUCUCUCACUCUCUCUCUCAUUUUUCUCUUUUCUCUCUCUACAACUUUCUCUUCAUUCUCUCUCAACCCAUUAAUGGCCAUGACUACUCUCCUAUAUUCUCCAAGGCCCCUCACUUUCUCUCUCAUCACCAAUCUCAAAAACCCAUCUCUUCUCUCUCUAACCAACAACCCAUCACUCAAACCCUUCAACCCAAUCAAACCCAGAAGAAGAAAACCCAUCACCACCGUCCAUUCCAAAGGCAGCAGCAACGACGACUCCGCCGACCUUCCAGAUCGUUUAAUCUCAGCCGUCUGUUACUUCUACCCAUUCUUCGACGGUGUACAGUACGGAAAGUACGUCCUCACCCAAUUCACGCCCAUUCAAACCCUAAUCCAACCCUUAUUCCCAGCAAUCAAGAUCUUCAAGAGCUUCCCCUUUAAUGGGUUCUUGGUGUUCCUCACUCUCUACUUCGUAGUUGUAAGAAACCCUAAUUUCAGCAGGUAUGUGAGGUUCAACACUAUGCAAGCGAUUGUUCUUGAUGUGCUUUUGAUUUUCCCUGAUUUGUUGGAGAGGACAUUCAAUCCUAGAGAUGGGUUUGGAUUGGAUUUGUUGAUGAGUUUAGAUAGUACUGUUUUUUUGUACCUUUUGGUGUGUUUGAUUUAUGGGUCUUCUUCUUGUUUGUUGGGUCAGCUUCCUAGAUUGCCCAUUGUUGCUGAAGCUGCUGAUAGGCAAGUUCUUUGAAGUAUUUUAUGUGGUUGUUUCACUGUUUAAAUCCAUUUAGGUUUCUUAAAUUUUGUCUGUAAUUUUGUUUUUUUGAUUUUUUUUUUUUUUAAAUUUUUUUAGUACUUGAAAUGUUGAUUGAUUUUGGUUUA